AUAAGUCAUUUGUCAUAAAUUGCACACGUGUGUAUCAAUAAAAUAAUGAAUGAUUUUUUUUUUAAAUUUCAAGUCUGAAGCCUUUAAUUUGUAACUUAGAAUUUUAUUGUGCAAUUUUCUUUGACGACCAUGUCCUUAUUCAAAGCGAGAAGUUGGUGGAACACAAAUGUUUCUGAAGAUGAAACAGAAUCUUUCGAUCGAAAUUCAUUGUUGAUCGCCAGACUAACCGAAGGCGAUCAUGAUAAUUUAGUUGUAGGAUCCCAUUUAGGGGCUUUGAGAGUAUAUAAGGUGACUACAAAAAGACUGGAUGAUGGAAGUUUGUCUGCAUACAAACCUACAGACUUGGUUCUGGAGAAAUUAUUACCAUACCCCGUUCUUGGUUUAGGAUUAGGAAAAUUGGUUUCGUAUGUUGAUAGCCUGAGAUCUGUUUUGUUCGCACUAAAUAGCUUGUUAUUUAGUUUGCACUGUUUGGUUUUAAAGUCAUUUGUAGACUAUGCAGUUUGUACAUUCAAUAUAAUUCAUUUAAGUGAUCAAAACCUCCUCACUGUAUGCUACGAACACAUUCUACCGCAAUCUGCUUAUUCCAUGGUAAUCGGCCCUUUUGGAGGUGCAUCAGGUCGUGAUUUUAUAUGUGUUCAAUCUCUAAAUGGAAUAUUGAGUGUUUUUGAACAGGAAUCCAUUGGAUUUAAAUGUGUUCUGCCAAAUUUUUUACUGCCCUCAUCGAUUUGUUAUGUUAUGCGCACAGAUUCUUUUAUCACUGUUACUUCAAAUUGGUUCGUGGAAUGUUACAGAUACCAAAAUAUGUCACAAUCUGAAAGUUCUGGCAACUUGACGCCAACAUGGUAUUACAAUUUAGGAGAAGGCAUCUUAAAUAUUAUGGCAUUACCAUUGACUAGCACUGAGACUGUUAUUGUGAUUCUUGGCGAGAAAAAUUUAUAUUGUUUGACUGAUUUGGGAAAAUUGAAAUUUAUGAAGAAGUUGGAUUUUGUGCCAAUAUGUCUUCAUGCAUAUGUCAUUGGAUGGUAUUGGGAACCCGAUGCAAGGUUAAUGGUGGCAGUUGCUUCAAACUUAGGAACGUUACUAUUGUAUGAAGGAACCAGUUUAAGAUGGUCUGCGCAGCUGCCAUGCAUACCGGUUGCUAUGUCUAAAGCUUCAGUUGCUGAACUUCCAAGUGCUCUGGUAACAUUAUCAGAAGAUGGUCAUUUGCAAUGCAGCUACCUUGGAACGGAACCUGAAUUGUUUUCUGCUCCACCUAUGAGUCUGAAACCUAUUGAUUAUGAAGAAGCCAAAUUAGAAUUAGAAAAUUUACAUGCUAUCAUUAAGUCAAAUACAGAUUCAGCAGAUUUGAUAUUGAUAAAUACUACAGCAGAAAAGGAGAUACAGAUCAAUAUAAAUAUUGAUUCAACUUUGAGACCACUACCACAUAAUGCACAAGAAACAUUUAAACUUGAUGACAAACCACGCUCGGUCAAUUCUAUGAGAAUUGUAGCUAAAAUAAAACCUAGCACAAAUUCUUUUGAACAAAUACAAGUUUCUGCAAUGGUCCCUUCUCCUUUAUCGCUUUCAAUUAAUAGCAUUCUAUUUAGGAAUGUUUUAGAAGAAAAAAUGUUUGAAACUUAUUGUUACAUUGAUGAAGAUAAAUUUGGAGGCUUUAAUAUAUACAGUGUUGAACUGAAAAUUUUAGUAUCCUAUGUGAAUACUCAAGGGCUGCCAAGGAUAUUACAAAAAACUCUUAGUAUACCUUUGAAUUUAGUGUACAACUUAACAGAGCCAGUGAAGGAAGCCAAAUUUAAAGUUACGUUGAAUAUCAGUCAUCCAGCUACACCAUUAAAUCAACUUUUUCCAGAAUUUUCUUCAUCCAUUGGUAUUCCGACUGCUGUAGGAUUGAGUUUGAUAAAUAAACCUAAUCAUGUAGUAUCCAUAAUUAUUGGAAAGAACUCUCAAAGGUAUCGUCUGCAAUCAGAUUAUGUGCAUGAUCUAGCGGUUGCCUGCCAAGUCUUAUGUAAACGACUUAAAAAGCAUUUUGAGAAUGAACAAGAUUUCCGUAUAGUAUGUACAUCUGCUAUUCCUGUUCAAGAAUUAUUAACAGCUGUAGAUCACCAUUUCCAGAGCAAGAUCUUGAUGUUUGAACAAAAAGAUAAAUUAGCAAGAUUAUCUGCCCAAUAUCGAUUAAUACAAAGAAGACUAUUAGCAAAACUCAAAGAUAUAAUUCCAACAUCAAUGUCUGGAUUAGAAAAUUUGUUAAAAGAAAGUUUAAUUCAAAUUAAAAACGGUGUCGAAGAUUUUAAUAAAAAGAAACACAGCUUGUUUAUUUGUCAGUCUGAUCUGAAUGCUUUAUUGGAAUUGAUUUCUGUAAUGUUGAGGCAUAUGAAUUUGCAGAAAAAUAUUGCAAAUAACAUCUGCGCUCUGUUACGUACUCCAGUCCAAGAUUUGGAAGAUCAGGGAUGGGAAGAUGUAACAUACGUAUCCACCGUACAUCUACUUAGAACUUUACUUAACGAAAAAUCUGAAGAAUUAAAAACUACUCUAGCCCAUGAACAAAACGUUACCAAACUUACGGACUGUGAAAAGUUUAAGAAAUUAUUAGCUAUACUAUUAGAUAAAUGCAUCCAAGAAGAAUUUGCUGCAAAUAAUACAGAUGGCAAAAUAAUCACAAAUGAGAAGGAUGAUUUUGAAUCAGAAAAUCUGGUAGAUGUUGGUUUGGCAGAAGUUGCUGAAGAGACCGAGAAUGAUAUGAUCGAGUUUAACAUUCCAGAUAGUUUGAAAUUGGCUGAAAGGAAAAGGGAGGUGUUUAGAUCGAAGCCUUUGCUGGAAAUGAGACAUAAAAUUGGUGAAAUUGAUGAAGAAUCAUAA